ACCAGCUCCUGCUGUAAACGUGUGCUGUGAAAUAACUUCUAACGCAGGCAGGUGGUCACCUGGAGGUUUACAAGGAAGCCUCGGAGAGUAUUUUAUUCCACUGGAGGAUAUUUUCACACAAAGGAACUGACAGAGUUGGAGCUCCAUAUUUUUUUUUUUUUUGCCAUCCUUCAGUCUCCAAACCCGAGGUAUGGAAGGACGCCUAAACUAAAGGAACAAGCAGCUGAAAUAUCACCAACCCCAACCAAUCGUCUCUUCAAAAUGAGUCUUCUCUUCAUAACCGGCUGAAAUGGCGUGACUUCACCCCACGCCGCACCAUGGCGGGUUUAGUCUCCUGUGUGGGUUUGGUGGCGAUGCUCGAGGCUCUCAUGCAUGCACACAGUCAGCGUGCAGUGUUUCUGGGGAUUACGGUGUUGGUCUCGGUGAUCACAGCUGACUCACCUGUUGCAGAUCGGUCUCUGUUGAACUCCACACACCAACCGAUGGGAUUUCCUGGAGAUGUAUCAAGAACAACAGAGUCAUCACCAUCAGCCUUACCAGCCUCACAUCACACUGCCUUUGAGAGCCCAGACUCACCCGGUGCCCUGCCAUCCAUCUCUCAACCAACCCACGAAGCCAGGACUGCUGAGGUCGAGCAUUUUCAGUGGGAACAUGCUGCCUCUGAGAACUCCAAAUCCUCAACGACAAGUGACCUCGUGGCAGAAGAACCGCAUCCACUUCCCACUCCAUCAUUAAGCCCCUCCGGACCUGUUUUUAGGUCUAGUUCACAAUUUGAAGCAGCAACUAAUCCCUCCAUGGACUGGAGUCUCGCCAGGACAAGUUCUGCCAAGCAAUCUUCCCCUCUCCCUCCAAGUUCGACAAAAUCCCAGCUUCAGCCUCAGUCAAAUACAUCUACAGCCUCUUUAAGCUCUACGAAGUUCACGACGCCUCAGCCGAAUCUGUAUUCUCAACAAGAAACAACUUAUAAUGAGCAGCAGGAUGCUCCAUCAGAUGAGGCUCUGGAAAUUCUGAUGUCCCUUCCUGCUAGGCCUCUUGAGAUGCCUGAACUUGCUUUGGCUGACUCUCCAGCUGAUGAACCUUACCAGUUACCCCCCAGUAUUGCCCCAUCUAAGGAGAACAAACCAGCUUAUGGCAGCAACAUGCACCCAGAGGAGAUCCUUGCCCCUGGUUACAAUGUGCCUUUCAUCAUCCCCUAUCCUACAUCUCCUUCAUCUGAGCCAACAGAGGUCCUUCCAGAGGACUUCUACCCUUCCAACACCAUGGACGUGGACUGGGGUUCUGGGGACUACUUGGAGACAAUGUCAUUCUUGAAUCCAGAUGGUGAUGACUACUCUCUGGUCACCAAGGUGCCCACAGACUCGUAUGACACUGAAGACUACACGGAAAGUUACGACACAUCCUUCCCAUCCAGAGUGGGAAUAUCGCCCUCAUCCUUGCAUCCUCUUCACGUCUCGCCUUCUCUUAGCAUCACAACAUCUUACAAUGCCAUCGUUCCAACAAAAUCCAUCAGUCCUUCGUAUUUCUCUUCUUCAGUUCACUUUACACUUGAACCUACUCCCAGAGCUCACAGUGAUAUCCCUGAUGCAUCAGACAUAGAUUGGCCUGACGCUUUCACGAUUCAGCCGACAGACGUCCUCUUACCAGACAUGAACAGCUUGGAGUAUUACACCAUCCAGUCGACCAAGGACGUCACCAAAGCUGAACACAGAGGAAACAUAACUGUAGUCCCCAUCGAUGGCACGGAUACAACACUAACAAGCAAUAACACCAAACCAGCCGAAGAUGAGUCCUCCAGUGAUCUGUCUGGGUUUGAUUCCCAGGACGGAUCGACGGCCGAGGAGAGCCCACAGCUGACCAACUCCUCUGAGCCUUUUUUGGACCCUUCAAGUCACUUUUUUGAUCCCACACCUUCCACCUGGAAUAGCCAGAUGUCUCCAACUGUUGGCCUUGAUAGCAUUGUAUCAAUAGAAGCUAUCCUACCCACUUCUACGCCUUUGCUACCAGCUGAUGUCAUGUCUUCUUCUUCCUUGACAGAUGUCCAUUGGUUUGUUACUGAAUCAUUCCUACCAGGCAUCACCCCUGUCUUAACUGCAACCACAGCCUUCUCCCCUCUCCCCACUGAACCUGCUGCCAACAAAACAACACAAGACUUAACCUUUACAACUUUUAAUACAACUGUGGCUUCAACUGAACCCACAUCUAAUGUUUCUGUGCUCCCCCCGGUCGUGUUGGGUGAUCAGGGGGUGACUGUAGAUGGAUUUGACAUCUCAGCCACCAUGACCUUGAUCCCAACGAGCAGUGGAGCUAAUACACUUUCUGCUGUGCCCACAACUGAAUCUGCCACCUCUACUCUUCAUCAAGUCACAGCUCCGGUUUCUCCCACCACUGAGGCCUCAACUAGUGUCAACAUCAUCAUUACCACCAGUGAAAAGACCACAACUACAGCGACAACAUCAAGACAGUACCUCUGCAGCAUGGAGAGGCCUUCUUAUUUAGUGAAAAUCGGUUUCCCCUCUGCAGCUACUGUUGGAUAUGCCAAAUCUCAAGUGAAAGACAUAUUGAAGGUGGAAUUCAACAAGUCAGUGGAGCUACAGGUUGUGGACCCCCCUCCAAAGUUUGUCUUCAGAGCGGUGUCUGGCCCGGUUGUGUACACAGCCAUAUCUGUCAUCAACGCUCUGCGAAGGUCUGGGCGCCGCUUCCUGUCGCUGUCUCCAAACUGGACAACCCCUGACCGUAAAUAUCAGAUCCACACAGUGCUGCAGUUUGUUCCCAGUCACGUUGACAUUCGAUACUGCAACUUCAGUGAGAGCAUAGAGAAAGGUUUGACCAUGGCUUUUGCAGAAGUCAGACGGCGCUCAAAGGAGUCAACCAACUUCACGGUGCAGAUCGUAAACAUCACCGUGGAUGCUCCUAAAUAUCAGGAUCGUCGACUGUUGAGGCAGCCGGUGGACAUCACCUUCACCGUGCGCGGGUCCAAAGGUUACCUGAUGGGUUCAGAGGUCAGCAACACACUGAUGAAGCUCACAAUGGUGGAGUUCAGCUAUUACAUGGGCUUUCCUGUACUACAGAUUGCUGAGCCGUUUCAUUAUCCAGAGUUGAACACCAGCCAUCUUCUCCGCUCUUCCUGGGUUAGAACAGUGCUCCUGGGUGUCCUGGACCAGAAAGUGGGCGAGCGCACCUUCCAGGCAAACAUGGAGCGGAGGGUGGCCAUGUUACUGGGGGAGGCGAUGGGAUUACCCAGACGGGUUAGGAGAGCCACCGCCGUGGGAAACAGCAGUGUUCAGGUUGUCAGUGCGUCCCGGCUGGAGGGUGCAGACAACCCCCUGGAGAUUGUGUAUUUUGUGGAGGGUCCCAGUGGUCAGAGGAUGCCUGCAGAUCAAGCUGCAAACCUUCUCAACAGUCUGGAUGUUCAAAGGGCUGCCAUCGUCUUAGGAUAUCGUGUUCAGGGAAUUUUGGCACAGCCUGUGGAGAAGGUUGCAUCCUCGCCUUCAGACACUGAGAACACCAAUGUGUGGAUCGUCAUCGGCGUGGUGAUUCCUCUCAUCGUGGUAAUCAUCAUCAUCUCCAUCCUGUACUGGAAACUGUGUCGGACGGAUAAGCUGGAGUUCCAGCCGGACGCCAUGACCUCCAUCCAGCAGAGGCAGAAGUUGCAGGCUCCCAGUGUGAAAGGUUUUGACUUUGCCAAGCUGCACCUCGGCCAACAGAGUAAGGAUGAUGUCAUGGUUAUUCAGGAGCCCGUCCCGCCAGGGCCGGGCCCUGGAGCGCUGCCCGUGUCCAUUAAAGACGGCUUCAGCCCGUCUGAGAACGGGGAGAUCCCCACUCCGGUUUCCAAAACAUCAGUCUCCUCCACUAAGGCGUCACGCAGCAGCCGCAGGAGAGAAAGGAUCUCGCCGUCAGACGGUGACUCGGUGGUGAGUGACCAUUCGAGUGAGCGGGAAUCAAACGAAGAGAACCUUAGAGGCCACGCCACGCCCAGCGACAGCAAGCAGACCCGCAAGGUCCCCAUCAAUGUUUUAAACGGCAAAAAUAGAAUUGGUCCUCCACCUAUGAAUGGUACAAACGAGCAGCUAUCCUCGGCAUCCAUCUUUGAGCAUGUUGAUCGGAUGUCUCGUGCCACAGAGGCCAGCAGGAGAGUCCCAAACAAAGUCCAGCUCAUCGCCAUGCAGCCCAUGCCUGUCCCUCCUCUCCACAGCCCCCCCAUCAACGGCAAAGUGGCCGACACUAACCAAAUCAACAAAGAGAUCCAGGUAGCACUGAGACACAAGUCAGAGAUUGAACACCAUCGCAACAAGAUCCGUCUGCGCGCCAAGAGGAAAGGCCACUACGACUUCCCUGCUAUGGAGGAUGUUACAGGUGGGCUGGGAGACAUGAGAGACCAGGACCGCAUAUAUCAGAAGGCUCAGACACAGAUUGAUAAGAUACUGGACCCCGAUGCUCAAAUGCCUGCUAUCUUCAUGCAGUCCAAGAAAAGUGUUCGAGGGAGACGGUCCCCCAAACACAGGAUGAAGGAGCAGCUGAAUGGAGGCAUGAUGGAGGCAGACAAAGACCACCUCAUCUCUGAAGACAACGAUGCUGCUUAUAGAAAAUGUCCUGGAGUCAACAACGUGGCCUACGUGUCUGACCCUGACCAAGGCCCAGGAUCCCCUCACAGGAGCCCCUCCCCCACCGACGAUGUCUUCCUCGGCCCCGCUUCCUCUCCUCCAGGCCACGCCCCUCCCCCACCGCCCUACAUGCCCCCACAGCCCUCCAUCGAGGAGGCACGGCAGCAGAUGCACUCUCUGCUGGAUGAUGCCUUCGCCCUGGUGUCUCCCACCUCUCAGGGCAGCACAGCAGGGAUCACUCUCCCUGGGGCCAACAACAACAACCACCACAACCCGCCCGGCGCCAGUCCUCCUGGACGUGGCCCGAGACCCUGGGGGUCCUCGUACCCGUUUGUUGGUAGGUUCUCUGAUCUGGGCAUGCCCCCCACUUCUCUCCAAGGCCUGACACCGAGGCAGGGCCUUGGCUCCAGCUAUCUUCCACCAGGAGAACCAGCGGGCUCAUGUGAGCAGAUCCAGCCGGACAGCCUGUACUCCAGCAGGGGGCUCUACACCGACGAGCUCCCCUCAUCUGCCAGGCCCAGACCUGUGGGGGGAACUACUGGCGCCCAGCUCCAUCAUCUCGCACAGGUGGGACUGUCCAGUCGGAUGAACGGUUACCCAGCAGGGCUCAGGGCUGCUUCAGGCCAGAACGGGGGGAUCGGCUGGAACCACUACCAUGACGACAACUUCUCCAGGAUAGAGCCUGAAAAAGAGGGAUUCCUGGACUGUCCUGACUACUCGUCCUCCUCUAUCUUCCAGACGCCCCGAAGUGUCAUCAGGGAGCCCUCGGUGCCUCCCGCCCACCUGGACAGCUCAAGCGUGGGCUAUCUGUCAGCAGCGCCGCCUUUGGAUACGUCUCCUCCCACGCACUCCUCCGCCUCCCUCAUCAAGGCCAUCAGGGAGGAGCUGCUGCGUCUUUCGCAGAAACAGGCGGCGGUAUCCAGCUACCACGGCUGAGGCUCAAACCUCCAGUCUGAAACCAGUCAUACCACUGACCCUGUUUGUCUGCUUUAAAUGAGCUCACAAUACUUCCCAUGGAAGUCUCUGAGGCUGUACAGCGGAGAGAGUCCUGCUAAGCUGGAGUGAAGAGGAGGCUGAUGAAGAUUUCUACCUGCGGCAGACCACCUUAUCAGACACUAAAAGACAGGAUGGUUGAUACAGCUCAUCGUCAGAGUACAGACUCAGAGUACCUGCAGUUAAAUCAAAUCGUAGACAAUGCAAUGCAAAGAAAGAUGAUAAGAAAAGAGGAUGCUGGACCUUUUUAAAGGAGGCGACAUGGUACGGCAUAUCUAGACUCAUUCACCAAGGAGAGAUCAUGCCAACUCCUAACCACAUCCUGGACAUAUUUGGCUUCAUCAGAUUCCGUAACUGCGACAUAUUUCAUUCUCAUGCUGCCUUCCCACAAGAGAAACCCAUUUUAAAUAAUUCCCUUAUUUUAACGCUACUGAAACUACCACACUCCUUUUUUUUUCCAAAGCAGGCUCUUAACCUCCUUAUCACCAUCAGGUGCUACUUCCUGUUCUCUGCCAUGAUGAGCCAUGCUAUGCCUUGACACUGUGAUGUAGUUCAGCUGACCGUGUCUACUGUACGAGCCCACGGUGAGCUCACAGGUCACAGACGGAGAGCCAGGUCAGACGGUAGGCACAGAGGAGCACUUAGAGACUAAGAACACUCAUGAACACUACUAUUCAUUUACUGCAGUAGCACACCGUUAGUCUGAGUUGAUAUUUUUGACCUCUUUAUGUACAGUAUUGUUUACUUGUUGUUUGUGUACAGCUUGCGUUCACUUUCUGUGUUUUUUCAUGAUGUUACAAAGCUAACUGACUGCUAGCAAGCAUGAGAAAAUGGCCUUGAGAUCCUUUAAAUCUUGUCAAAUCGUCGACAGAGGCAGGUGUUAGACUUACGGGCAUAAAUGUGUUGCAAAUUGACCUUUUGUCAAGUCACACCAUCCUUGUUGCUGUUUCUAGGCUCGACAAAAUCUCUUGCUGGGCUCCUUCCCAUUGGAAACAAUAAGAAAAACCCUCAAUUAGACAGGCAAAUAUUUUCAUUUCAUUGAUUUGAUUCUGUAAUAAACUAGCUCUAUGAAAGACUAAGUAGUACAGUGUUAAUUUUUGCAAAUAAUACUGAAACUAAAAAGAUUUGUCAGAAGAUAUUAAACCAGAUUUAAAAAAUGUUCUUCAGUAAUAAAAACUCUGAAUAAAAGUAGAUUUUAUUUUUGUCAAGGAGACUAAAUUGUUAGAGCCGGAGGACAGACAUUUAAAAUCCAUGAAAUUUCUCGAGGUAUGUCAGUAUCAUCAGCAUAUUUUAAAUAAUUUAAAGUAUUUAUAUCACAUUUAUUUCAGUGUUUUACAUUUAUAUUAAUUUUACUAUUUGGCUUAUUAAAUUUGUUCAGAGAAAUAAAAUUGACUUAAGAUAAAGACUAAAAUGUAGGGACUGUUUAUUAACUAACCUUCAAUUUCCACAAACACUGGCUGUGCAGUGAUCCACUCGCAAAGUGCACUGUAGAGCAAAUCUUCCCUCCGAGAAAAUCUUUGUGAUUCCUCUGACUGCUGGUGAUUGCCUUUGGUUUAUUAACCCAAAUGAAAAAUACUCCUAUUUUAUAAUGUGGAUAUCUUGAGCUGCUCUUUCAGACACCACAGACAAACCUUUUAAAGGUCACAUAUGGGCUCUGUUCAUGAACUGCUUCCACAUUUGGCAUUAGACUGCUCCCACACUUCCAAUCGGGAGACGAGAAAGGCGUAUGAUGGCAAAUUUGUUGCGGUUUAUUUGCUGUUUGCACGAGUUACCUGAGCUGACUGUCAAUGACGAGUUAAAUUUAGCUGAAGAUGUACAUUGCAGCACGCAGCAACGAUGUCCAGAAGUGCUUUUAACCUGUUUUUGAAACAUAAUUUUAGCAUGUUUGGAUGCCAAGCGAUGAUGAUAGUAAACACAAACAACAAUCGAACAAAAAAACCCAACGAAACAGACAAAUUAAGGCAGAAUAGGAGGGUUUAGAUUCCGUUUUGGCUUAGCACAUAUCGUUGGGCGGAAGUUGUGAAACGGUCUUAUUUUCCACUGGAAAUAUGCCACCCCCUGCCGUGCAUAGAGCCCAUUAUGCAAAAUAAACUUUUUCAGGGUUUUCUAACAAAAAUAUUUGGCCCUGGCCAGUCCACAAUCCCCCCAAGAAUCAGAACCAUCCAGUCCCUCGGCCCUCUCUUU